UAGCUGACAUGGACGGUAUAGUGGGAAUUAAAAAAAGAAUAGCUGUAAUUUGGGAAUUAGAUAAUUUCCCAACAUUAUUUAGGGAAAGGGCUCACUGGGUAAUUAGAGGAAGUGACCUAUAUUUUUAGUCAAAAACAAAAAAGCAACUCACAGACAACAAUAAUAAUGAAUAUAAUUGCAUAUCACACUAUAUGAGUGAUAUCACCAUUAAUUUAAGGCAUCUAUCUUCCCAGAAUAAAUUAUUUGUCUUUUCUAAUUUUUGUAAAAAUUCAAUUAUUAAUUUAAAUAAAAAAAAAGAGAAAAAAGGGUGGAGACUUUAAGGAUCACAUCUCAAAAUUACACCAAGUACCAGCAAAAGCCCCACACUUUCUAUCUGUCUACCUCUUUCUCUCUCCUCAAUUUUUUGGCGGGAAGAGUUUGCGGCGGCGGAAGAUGGUUGGUGUUACGGCGGCGUCGACGGUGGUUGUAGAAGAUGAGCCGCCGCAAAGGAUGUCGUCAACUGAGUCUAACUUCCGUGAGCUUGACGAUGCUUACUUGCAGACUCAAGCAAGAAUAUGGCUUGGAGAAGUGUUGCAGAUAAGAUUUGAUGAACAGAUAGACAUCUCAGAUUUACUUGCUGAUGGGGAGCUACUAUUUGAAGUGUCUGAGGUGAUAUCUAAAAGGAUACCAUUACUUCAUGUGGAUGAUACUCAGAAUAAAGUGUAUGAAUGGAAAACUCUUGCAUCAAAUAAGAGCACUCGGAGAUAUAUGCCCUAUUAUAAUGUUGAUUCAUUUUUAAGGAUGUGCAAAAAUCUGGGCAUAGACGGAAUUGAUCUCUUUGCUCCCUCUGAUGUUGUGGAAAGGAGGAACACUCGAAAAGUUUGCAUGUGUUUACGUUCUCUAUCAAAAAAAUCACGGUUAAGAGAUUUAAAUGUUCCUGAUUUUGAUAGUGUCACUUGCACUUUAGCAAUGCCGACUGACAUGGUUGAAGGCAUUCGGAAGAGCCUAGAGAUGUCACAGUCAACCUCUUCACUCUCAGCUGAACAGGAAGUAGAAAAGGUUUCAAGGGUUAGAGUUUGGCAGAGGAUGUCUAAUUCAACCUCCGCUGUUAGUAAUGGUUACUCAGACAAUUGUGAUGAGGCUGAAAGCAAAUUUGUGGUUGCUGAAUCUUCUGGAUCAUCAGACUAUGCUUAUGAUGCUGAAUCUCCAAUUAUUUCGGGUUCACCACAAGUAGUCAGAGAAUAUAGUUCAGAAUUACAGUUAAGCAUGGGAGCAGACUUCAAAAAUGAGGACGAUGAUCAGUAUGAAUACCUGUCUCCAUCUAACGCUGAAUCUGUUGGUUCACCUUGUUCUCAUUAUUACAGUGAUGGAGAGCUUAGCAUGCCAUCCUCAAACGAUCUUGGCUCUCAUAUUAGCAGUAAAGUUCCAGAACUAAAUAGUGAGACUAAUCAUGGGUAUCAAUUUGGUGAUGUCAGGCAUGUCCCAAUUGAUUGGGAAGAUAGUCAUUUGAAUUUUGGAAAUGUCAAAGAUGCCAACAAUGAUGAAGUUGAUUGUGUAUCCCAUGAUAAUAAAGAUGUAGAUACAAGCCACACAACUUCUCAUGGUAUUUAUCAGAUUGGAGAUGAUAUUAGCAACAAACAUCUUGGAACUUCAAACAACCUUUCUAUAGCUGACUGUGACAAGAACUUCGAGUUGGGUGAACCCCUUGAAUGUGCUGUAACAGAUGAAUUUCAUGUCGUUGAGGCUCCAUAUUUGAGUGAUACGGAUGUACCAUCAGACAAUAACUCAGUCAAACAUGAACCAUUUAUCCGUGACAUAGUUCUUGAUGUUGGUGAACCCUGUUUUCAUGGGAAGACUGACGACAAGGUUCUUUCCAGUGAGCCUCUAAUACAAGGCCCUUUUGUUUCCAAACCCUCAGAAUAUCCCGAUUUUUUGUAUGAUAGUGAGAAUCAAGCAUCUAAUACAUGUACAGAAGUUUUAAAUGUUGGAGAAAACUCCUGCUAUAAUAGGUUAAUUAAUGGGAAUGCUACUUCAGAAGAUGUGGCAGGUCAAUUGAGGUCUCAUGAAGAGAACUCUCCUUGUUCUGUUGAUUGUGAUGGGCACAGUUGCAAUUGCUCAAGUUUGCUUGCUGUUAAAUCAAAUGGUAAUGAUGAUCAGUUGAAUUCUGCAAGAUUUAUUGCUUCAAGCAGCAUAUCUCCAUCGCUUCUUGUAAGAGACACUAUUAUCUAUACAGAGCUUCAUCGUUCUCCGAUACAAAAUGACAGAAUGUCAUUUGAUGACAAGAAGAUCACACCUGAUUAUACAGAAAAUCACUCUGGCAACAACUUUAUGGAUGUCAAUGAAAGUAAUUUGUUGGAUAUGCCUCACAUGAAUCUAAAUUCUGUACCUUAUAUGGUUGUGGCUGAGAAUGGCACGAAAUUCUUAAACGAUUGUCAUGAUGCCAUGAAGGGAUCUGAGAGUCAUAAUGUUCUUGUUGAAAGUGUUGAUGACAAACUUAGUAACACAGAUAAUGCAAAUCUUGUUAAUAGUUUUGCUUCAGCUCUUUGUGAUCCUCAGUCAGAAGCUCAAUCCCCUAAAAUUGUGGAAGAUACAAAUCAUAAGCAUCUUCACUGUGUGAAAGAGGCGGAAAAGGGAGAGUCUGGAUUUGUAAAGCAAGAAGAUACCGAAAAAGAUCUACCAGUGCAUAAGCCCCAAAGGAAAUUGCUGAAGUCAGUUGUCAAGGGUACUGCACUAGUAGGCAUUGCUGUUUUCUUGCUCCAUCUCAGAAAGAACAGGCGUGAGAAUCUCUCUGAAGCAAAGAAGCGACCAAUUCACUUUGUGAUACAGGGUAAAACUAAGCCAUCGCAGAAGGGUCAAAAAAGUGGAAGUACAAGCAGUGUAUAUCCAGCUGAGAAGCUUAAUCUUAGUUUAUAGACUACAAGAAGCAACCUUGUGGUGAUUGAGUGCACCACUGAUCUUCAAUACAAGCUUGAGAAUAUAUAUAUAAAUGAGAUGUAGGGUAUGUCCAUGUAUGCUGUGAAUGCUGAUAACCACAAACCUAGGAGCUUAUUCUUAUAGAAAUAAACAUGAUCAUAGCAGUGAAAUUCGGUGUAGAAGCUCUCGUAAAUGGAGCAACAUUUUAUUUUGUAGAUCAUUGUUGUUUAACCUUCUGUUAGCUCUGCUACUGCAUUUAACUUGCUGCGGUUUGAGGAAGCUCUUUUUAUUUUUCUUUGCCUCAGAUAUCUUGAUUAAAGGGAUCAGGAAAUCUUUUAUAGUCUGGCUUCUUGUUCAUUCAAGUGAAGAUGUAUUUAAUUAUAGUACUAGCUGUCUAGCUGAUGCAAGAUCUAUCAAUAAAGUACAGUAACAGUAAUUAUGUUCA